AUGGGAUUCUUAAUUAACGAUGACAAAAAAAAUAACAUAAUUAAAAGCACAGAAGAAAUAAAUAUUGAUAAUACAGCAAGUCAUAUUUAUUUGGAUGAAUUUAAUAAUGAGAAAAAAAUUCACCUGCACAGUUCAGGUGAAAAUGAAAUUAUUUUGAAUGAUGAUUGGGAGGAAGGAAAAGUUAGAGCGCGAGGAGUAGAAAAUUCGGAGGGAGGGGCAGAAAAUUCGGAGGGAGGGGCAGAAAUUGCGGAGGAGGGGACAGAAAUUGCGGAGGAGGGGACAGAAAUUGCGGAGGGAGUGGCAAAAAAUUUGGAGGGAGUAGAAGAAAUUUCCAAGGGGGGAGUAGAAAACCGCAUUCCGCUUAACAGUGACAAUAUAAAUGAAUAUAAUAACACAUGGAUUGCUAAUUCGAGUGCUGAUCAUGUAACGAGUUGUUCUGUUGAGGUAGAAAAAGGAGCAGAUAUAGUUACCACAAGUAGUGAAGUUGCUGAGUACAGCCAUGCAGGAACAAAUGCGAACAUUCGUGAGGAAUCCCAAAGUGAUAUUUCUAUAAAUAGGAUGGAAAGAGAUGAUGUGGCAGGAUCCUUUUGUGUUACCAUGGAAGGAAAGGAAAUAUCAUCUCUUCGAUAUUCACCUCAUUAUGAUCCACGUCAUUCAUCAACUUUUGUUCAUAUCCAGCCAUUAGUAAAUGGAAAUGGGUAUAAUAAUAAUUCUCUAGCAAAUAAAGGGAAUGUACAAUUAAAUGAGAAAGGGAUAACAAGUGAACAUGAUAUAAGUAUAAAUUGUAAUGCGGGACUUACCCAUGAAGGUGCACUAAAGAAUGACCACUCCUGGCCUAUUAUAAAUGACCACAUCGGUGACAAAAACUGCACCGAUAGGAAUAGUCAUACGGAUAAUAGCAGUAAUGGAGGCAAUCGGAUCAAUGGAGGCAAUAAAGAAGCCCACCAAAGUGCAGAAAAUGAAAAUACUAUUGGAUAUUAUGAUGAAAGUAGAAUGUUUAGCAAAACAAUUGCACAUCAGCAGAGUAAGCUUUUGGACCUUUCCGUGUUAAAUAAACAGAAGGAUCAUACUGUUCUUCAUUCAUAUCCAGAAGAAAAGAAAAUGAGAAAAAGUAGCACGGCUGAUAAAGUACAAGAAUCGUUAUUAACUGCAGAUAUUAUGUGUACAUCGUGCGAAUCUGAGGGAAAAAUAACCAUGUCGCCUACUAAUUUCAAUCCUUUUCCUUCUAAUGGAGGGAAAGGGAAAAAAGUAUUUCAAAAUGUUGCAAAAUCAUAUGGCACUAAUGUGGAAAGAGGUAUUAUUGCAAGGGGAGGAGGGGAGGGGAAGGAGGAGGAGGAUGAGAUGGUGAAUGAAAUUCCCAAAAAAAAACACGAUUGCAACUUAGACAAUGAACAUGAGGAAAGUUAUUCCAGUUCAGACGAAGGUGAUGAGUCAAAUCGCGUCAUAAAGAAAAAAAUAAAAAAAAAAAUCGAUGAAAACGAUCAUUUAUUUUGUGCUAUUAAUGAAUUCAUGCGAAAAGGGUUAAAAAAUGAAUGCAUUCCCUUGUUUGAAAGGUUGCAACAGAAUUUGUUUUUUUUAGUCAUGCUUGCGAAUAUUCCGAACGAGAACUUUGACGAGUGUGAAAGCAGCUCGUCAGAUUACUAA